AAGAAGGCAUCUCGGCCUUUUAUGGCGGUAUGACAGCACAUAUGAUGCGUGUUGUGCCUAAUGCAGCAAUAAUGUUCUUUUGUUAUGAGUCAAUUUUGCAUUACGGUCAAGUUAAUAAUAAUAAUAAUUCAUAG